AUGAACGUGCACAAAUUGGCAGGAGAGAGCGCAUUCUGGAGAGAGACGUGCAUUGUGCAUUUUAGCCACACUCCCCUUCUUCUUGGACUGUGCCAUCCACGCGGCCUCCACAAUGGAUUAGUCUCAGCCUCCGCAAUGGAUUAGUUCACUGAGAUGGGUGCGAAUCAGACAGGUGUCUUGUGUGCCCAAAAAAAGUAUAUAUAUAUUUGCAACUGCUCAACAAAAAAAAUCUCAGUCGACCAACAGCCUAUCGACCAAACAAUCGACCAGUCGACUAAUUUUGGUCAGCCCUACAUUUCACCAAUGGUCACACCUGCAAACAGUGGGAAAAGGGAAUUGACAAGUAAUCAUAGGUACUGUUUGGUCAGUGAUCUCAAUCUGCGAUUUUACUAUUUUUACAUUCUUAUAACUAGCACUUAAUUAAUUGGUGGCAAUUCACUGCAAUGGCAUGCUAAUUACUUUUGACAUGUCUAAUGUUGUUUAAUUGUAGAGGUUUGAUUUCUUUCUGGACAUGCUUUGGUAGGUUUUCUUUCUCAGGAAGCGAGAUUCUAUUUGAUCGGUUGUGAAAUUUGGUAAGUUGCGCAAGAGAAACAAACUCAUCCUAACUCAUCAUCGUCUGCUUCCAGGAAUAAGAUAGUUGUCAUGGCAGGGAAAGUGAUUAUCUUGGCCUGGGCUUAUCUCUUUCUCUCUGGCUUUGGGUUUAUUUUUCUCACUUUUUAAUUCCCCCUUUUCUCUCUCUCUUUCUUUUUCUCUGGCUCUCUUUUUAACUCACCCUUUUUUUCUCUUCCUCUCUCAUGUUCUCCUCCCCCCUCUCUCUCAUGUUCUCCUCACCCCUUUCUUUUAUGUUUUCCUCCCUCUCUCUCUCUCUUUCUCUCUCUCUCUGGUGGCAGUCAGUCAGCCAGGUCGACCUCGCCUUGGCUCCACCCCUCCCAUUCACCUGGCACUCGGCCCAGAAUGUUGCUGCAAUUCCGCCCGCUCUCAUUGGUCCCCGCACACACACCGCUUCUGAGAAAGGGAAAUUACCGCCCUCCCCUCCACUUCCCGCUGCUUUCGGUCUCUCUCUGCCACUAUCCCUCCCUCCCUCGCUCACUCUUUCUGUCCCUCUCUUUCUUUCUCUUUUAAAUAGAUUUGCCACGGCUGGUUGUGCAGUGCUCAACUGUAAGUGAUAUGGGGUUUGAUUAGAUUUUCCGACUCAGACCAGAAACGCUGGUAGUUGUGAAAGAGUGCUUUGUACAGGUUGUUUGUGUGUGGUAUGGCUUGGUGUGUGUGUGUGCGCUGUGUGUGUUCGUGGGAGUGCGGUGGGUGAAAGUUUUAUUUGUUUUAGCAGACACCCUUGCAUGGCUGACAUUUCUACACAUUAUCUGUUCCCACAGCUGCAUAGAUGGGCUCUAGAAAGUGAAGAGAAUGAGCAAGGCAAAGUAGCGUGAUCUUGGAAAAUAACAUAUCAUGCUCUAGGAGUUUCCACUGAGGAAUGAAUGGAGGCAGAAAUCAACUCUAAAUCGAUUCUGUGGAAGUAUAUAUCACCAAGCUAAUGUCUAUCUCUCUCUCUUUCUCCCUCUCUCUCUCUUUCUCUACAGAAGUGCCUUCCCUGACAUCUGCUGCAGCUUCGAUCCGCUUCUAGAGCAGAAGCUCCACCCCCCCCGCCUCGCUUGCUGCCACAGUAACGCGAGCACAAGGAUACCAACCACAGCCCUCGUCACGGCCAAAGCCUAAAAAACCCGCGCCCAGACCUGCACCUUCCUACGCCCUCACUGCACCAGCUCCAGCCUCCAGCCCCAUCAUCACCAGGCUUACUGCCCUAAGCCUUCACCUGCCCUCCCGUACCACGCUACCCCACAAAGCCUCUCUCCUUCUGGGCCCAGCCUCUCACUCUCAGACUCCUCAGUGUCUCUAAUCUCCAUUUAUCUCCAUUCAGUCACAGCCUACAGUACUGUUGUAGUCAGAAGAGAAGGAUCUGAAGACUGAACUUUCCCUCUGGGUUACGUGCUGGAUUGUUGGUGAGAUACAAGUUGAGACAGACAGUGGUAGAGUCAUUCUCUGCUAAGAUCAUUGGCUGUUGAGUGUGUUCUCAAUGCUUUAAGGAAGAUGUCCCAAUAACACACACACACAACAUUGUUACAACACUUUUCACCUAUCGCCUUGAUACAUCCACUUGGAUCUUUCAGAAGAAUAAGGAGUAGGGGACUUAUCCGUGUCCAAGCAAAGGACACACACACCAACACACACAUCACGCUUUAGCCCGAUUCGGACGGAUUACUAUUAUUUUCCAGGACUGUCUUUGUCGCCAUGGCGCACAUGAACAUGGCGCACAUGCGGGACACAAAAUGGCUGACGCUUGAGGUGUGCCGGGAGUUCCAGAGAGGCACGUGCUCGCGUUCCGACCAGGAGUGUAAGUUCGCCCACCCGGCCAAGAGCUGCCAGGUAGAGAAUGGACGAGUCAUCGCCUGCUUCGACUCCCUCAAGGUAAGAAGAAAGGAGAUACGACACAGGAUGAAGCUAUGGGCUACGGCCAUAUAUGGUGCUGUGAUUUGA